AUAAAAAGCAAAUUCCCUUUCCUCAUCCCUUACGGCUUCUUACACACAAAUUCUCCUCUCUACCAAUGGAGUCCCUAACUCUUUCUACUUCUCUAUCUCCUCACUGUUCCUCUUUCAAUCUCCGCCAUACCUCUCUUCCUAAGCUUUCACCCACUUUUUCACCAUACCCAUCUCGCAAAACACCCUUAUCCCUCAAAUCUUCACUCACUUCUCACCAAUCCACUUCAAAACCCCUUUCUGAUUCUCAUCUAGCUGCGGAUGAUAAAUUGUCCUUGCUACUUGCCUCUGCUCCUCAGUCCCCGGGGAUGGCUAUGCGUGGUGCUGAAGGAGACGCAAUGGGGCUGUUGCUUAGGGAGAGGAUAAUUUUCUUGGGUAGUAGCAUUGAUGACUUCUUCGCUGAUGCUAUUAUUAGUCAGUUGUUGUUGUUGGAUGCUCUGGAUUCCACUAAAGAUAUUAGGCUCUUUAUUAAUUGCCCUGGUGGCUCACUCAGCGCAACAAUGGCUAUCUUCGACGUUGUGCAGUUGGUGAGGGCUGAUGUAUCCACAGUUGCACUUGGUAUUUCAGCUUCCACAGCUUCAAUAAUCCUUGCCGGUGGCACCAAAGGAAAACGCUACGCAAUGCCUAAUACUCGAAUUAUGAUACAUCAACCACUUGGAGGUGCCAGUGGUCAAGCAAUAGAUGUAGAAAUUCAAGCCCGAGAAAUAAUGCAUAACAAGGACAAUGUUAUCAAAAUCUUUUCCAAUGCCACUGGACGAUCAUAUGAACAAGUUCAGAAAGAUAUUGAUAGAGAUCGUUACAUGUCCCCAAUUGAAGCUUUAGAAUUUGGGCUAAUUGACGGUGUAAUUGACAGAGAUAGCAUCAUUCCACUUAUGCCUGUCCCUGAAAAGGUUAAACGUACAUUGAAAAAUCAAGAUUUGAUCCAAGACCCUAUGAAAUUUUUGAACCCAGAUAUCCCUGAUGAUGAGAUAUAUUAGCUGGUGCAACAGGGAUGGCUCUUGGCUGAGAAAUAUCGCAUACCUAACAUGCAGCGUUGUCCUCAUCGCCAUUGUUUGUUGUAGAAUUUUCUAGGAGUUGCAACGCAGAGUCGCAGACCAUUCAUUCAAGGGAGAUUUUGGAGAAUGAAUUGCAAUGAAUUUGAUAUUAAAGCCAUUAUUGACAUUUUGUAUACCCUUUACUUUCUACUUAGUAACUAGUUUGUUUCCUAGAUUUCUAUAAUUCCUCUUUUCUCCCUUUUGUUAUUUUUAUUGAGAGUGGAUGCUGGUGGUGGUGGAUGGUUCAAUACUAUCAAUUUCAACCAUAUAUUUCACAGUUCUUGCCUAAAA